UUUAUGGUUAUGUCGUUAUGUUGUGUUGCUGGUUUUGUUGACUUUUGGCUUCAUAGUAUUUAAUUAAGAACUUGAGAGUCGGAUGAAUUAUUAUGUUUUAAACAACUCACACAUUUGCUCCGUAUAUUUGAUCUCCCUAUAAUAUGGUGCGAGGCCGAGACAGGAGCCGAAGUCCGGAGCGGAAAAGAAGACGAUCCCGAUCUAGAAGUAAGGAUAGAUCUAAACCUGGCAGGUACAGAAGGAGCCGGUCUAGAGAACCAAGGCGGAGAAGUAGAUCACGUUCAAAGGAUCGAGAUAGAAGAGAACGAGACCGUAGGUCCCACAGUCGCGAAAGAGAUCGUUCUGAUAGGGACCGUUCUGAAAGGGAUAGAAGAGGAGGUGAUGGCAAAGAAAGACGUGGAGGUGUUGGAAAGUCCAGCAGGAGAAGAUCCAGGUCAAGAUCAAAGGAGAAACCAAAACCAGAUGAUUCGGGGCUGUCAUUUGAUCCAACUAAUUUGGAUAAGGAAGAAGAACAGAAAAAACUGGAAUUGGAAAUGGUGAAGAGAAGGGAAAGAAUAGAACGUUGGAGAGCUGAACGAAAAAAGAAGGAACAAGAAGCUGCUAAAAAAGAGGCACAAAAAUCUGCCUCUAGUCAAAAUUCUACAAUAUCUCAAGGUACCUUCAAAAAGUGGUCACUAGAGGAUGAUUCUGAAGACGAAGAUAAGAUUGAUAAAUCUGAAAAAGAGGGAGAGAAGGAUAAAGAAGAAACUGAAGGAAAUGGACACGAAGAAAUGAAAGAGAAACCUGAUAUUAGUACCCCUGAGCCUAAAAAAGAAAUUGAAGAAAAUAUCGAAGACGAAGCUGAUCCUUUAGAUGAAUUUAUGAAAGGGGUUCAAGCAGAGGUACGAAAAAUCAGUAAAAUAGACCUGAAAAAACCUGGUGAACCUAAUGAAAAAAAAGGAUCUCUAGUCAUUGUAACAGGUGUAGCCAAGGCUAAAACAAAUACUAACAAAGGUGAACUCAUUGAACAAAAUCAGGACGGACUUGAAUAUUCAUCUGAAGAAGAACAGGAAGAUUUGAAAGAUACAGCUGCCAGUUUAGCUAACAAACAAAAAAAGGAACUAGCAAAAAUCGAUCACAAUACCAUUAUUUACAAUUCUUUUAGGAAAAAUUUUUAUGUGGAAGUGCCUGAAAUUGCCAAGAUGACUCACGAGGAAGUAGAGGCCUACAGGGAAGAAAUGGAAGGAAUCAGGGUAAAAGGUAAAGGUUGCCCUAAACCUAUAAAAACUUGGGCACAAUGUGGUGUUUCAACGAAAGAACUUAGCAUUUUGAAAAAACUUGGUUAUGAAAAACCUACUCCAAUUCAAGCUCAGGCUAUUCCUGCCAUAAUGUCUGGAAGAGACCUUCUAGGAAUUGCAAAAACUGGAAGCGGCAAGACAUUAGCUUUCCUUUUGCCAAUGUUCAGGCAUAUUUUGGAUCAACCUCCUCUUGAAGAUACAGAUGGACCAAUAGCUAUAAUAAUGACACCUACAAGGGAACUAUGUAUGCAAAUUGGAAAAGACAUCAAGAAGUUCACAAAAAGUUUGGGUUUACACGCAGUAUGUGUUUAUGGCGGAACUGGCAUUUCUGAACAAAUCGCAGAAUUGAAGAGAGGUGCUGAAAUAAUUGUCUGUACGCCAGGGAGGAUGAUAGACAUGCUGGUAGCAAACAGCGGAAAGGUAACAAAUUCAAGGCGAGUAACAUAUAUAGUUCUUGAUGAAGCAGACAGAAUGUUUGACAUGGGAUUUGAACCACAGGUCAUGAGAAUUAUCGAUACCGUCAGGCCUGAUCGACAAACGGUGAUGUUCAGUGCUACUUUUCCUCGACAGAUGGAAGCGUUAGCCAGAAAGUUGUUGCAGAAACCUAUCGAGGUUCAAGUGGGUGGCAGAUCAGUAGUCUGCAAAGAAGUGGAGCAGAAUGUUGUUAUUAUCGAGGAAGACAAUAAAUUCUUGAAACUCCUCGAGUUAUUAGGUAUAUACCAAGAAUUAGGAAGCAUCAUUGUAUUUGUAGACAAACAAGAGAAUGCUGACAUACUUCUCAAAGAACUAAUGAGGGCCGCCUAUAACUGCUUGAGUUUACACGGAGGCAUCGAUCAGUUUGAUCGAGAUUCUACCAUUAUCGAUUUCAAGUCAGGGAAAGUGAAGCUGUUGAUCGCAACUUCUGUAGCAGCUAGAGGAUUGGACGUCAAACAUUUGAUUUUAGUUGUCAAUUACGAUUGCCCUAACCACUAUGAAGAUUACGUUCACAGGUGUGGCAGAACUGGAAGGGCAGGAAAUAAGGGAUUUGCUUAUACAUUCAUCACCCCUGAACAAUCCAGGUAUGCGGGGGAUCUUAUAAAGGCUUUCGAAUUGGCAAAUGUUCCUGUUCCUGAGAACUUGAGGACGUUGUGGGAGACGUAUAAAACCAAACAGGAGUCCGAAGGUAAAAAAGUUCACAGUGGAGGCGGUUUCAGUGGUAAAGGCUUCAAAUUCGAUGAAUCAGAAGCAGCUGCUAUUAACGAAAAGAAGAAAUUCCAGAAAGCAGCUUUAGGAUUGGCUGAUAGCGAUGAUGAAGACUUAGAACAUGACAUUGACCAACAAAUUGAAAGCAUGUUUGCUACCAAGAGAACCGUGAAAGAAAUUAAGGCUCCUCUAGGACUCAUCAACUCAUCAUCUAUGGGUAAUUCUAAUACUGCAGUUGACAAGCUGGAAUUGGCCAAACGUCUCGCAUCCAAGAUCAACCUUACAAAAAAUACAAUUAUGGAUACCAAGUUUGCCACACAACAGGCUGCAGAAUCCAUCCUAAAGGGUAGCGGAUCUCAGCCUCCAAUCACAGCAAAGACUGUUGCUGAGCAACUGGCCGCGAAACUUAAUACGAAGCUCAAUUAUCAACCAAAGGAUGAUGAUGAUCGAAUGGACGAAGAUUCCGAGCAAACCUUCAGAAAGUACGAGGAAGAAUUGGAAAUCAAUGAUUUUCCUCAGCAGGCUAGGUGGAGGGUCACCUCGAAGGAAGCCUUGGCUCAGAUAUCAGAAUAUUCAGAAGCUGGCAUCACUGUUAGGGGUACUUACGUCCCUACUGGCAAGUCACCUCCCGAGGGAGAAAGAAAAUUAUAUUUAGCAAUUGAAAGUACAUCUGACAUAGCAGUUUCUAAAGCAAAAGCUGAAAUCACGAGGUUAAUCAAAGAGGAACUACUCAAGUUACAAACCGCAGGACAUCAUACAUUUAAUAAGGCUAGAUAUAAGGUCGUGUAAAUAUUUUUGUAAUUGUUUUUGGGAUUCUUGAUUAAGUAUCUGUUGAUUGUAUAAUUAUUGAUGGAAUUCAAUUAUGUCAGCUGCGUGUGCGAAACCUACCAGUGUUGAAGAAGUAUUUACCAGUUUUACACACUUUGUCUGUUUCUAUGAUUUAUAGAGAAUAAAUAGGGUCUACUUUCA